GGCCGGCUGCAGCUCUCCUGGUCUCCUGCAGGAGGCGGUACAGCGGGGUUUCUGUCCAUGGUGCUGAAGACUCGGCUGUCUCUGUCCGGGGUGCUGAACAGCAGAGAGAGAGAGAGGAGCUGCUGGGUUUCUUCUAGUCAGUCUGAGGCUCUGCUGCUGUCCUGCUGGUUCAGUCCUCCUCCACCGUGUUCUGGUUGGUGUGUCCCGGUCUGCAGUCACCGUAGAGCGGCUCCGUGAGCGUCUAUCUGCCGUCCGGAGAUGUGUUAGCGGAGGGGGGAUGGUAGGGCAGCAGUCUGACUACAAGAAAAUGAGUUCAAAGGUCUGACACUGAGCCAGUGGUGGACCAGGGGAGAGCCAAUCAACCAGCAUCAAAAUGAGUCAAGACACUGCAGAGACACGAACCCGAACCCGCUCAAAAGGCACCCGGGUGUCGUCAGACGUGGGACAAGACAUGAAACAGGAGUUGAGCAGCUGCCCCACCCCUGGAUGCGAUGGCAAAGGCCACGUCAGUGGAAGAUACUCUCGACAUAGAAGCAUACUGGGAUGCCCAAUAGUGAAGAAAAGGAAGCUGGAGGAGGCUGAGGCCGAGGCUGAGGAGAACCAGUCUGCUCCCAAGAGGAGGAGCCAGCCUGCCGUACAAGAAGAAGCAGCAGACGAAGGCUUCACCGCAGACGGCGACGCAGUAGAAGAGGAGGAGGUGCAGAAAGAGGAGGAAGAGGAGGAGGUGGAGGAGGAGGAGGAGGUGGCGGAAGAAGACCUCAAAGAGAAGAAGAAAGACAAAACAAAAAGCAGGCCCGAGUCAACAAAAACAGACUGCUCACUGGUGACAACAGAGGACACAGAAACAGCAGCUUGUCCUCCGGCUGAAGUUGGCGAUCACGAAAGCUUCACCACAGAGACUGAGAACGAAACUGAGACGGAGAAAUCUAGUGAGGAGGAGAAGCCAGUAGCAGUCACUGACGAUCAUCAGCAGGAGGCAACAGAGACAAAGGACGAGGAGGAGGAGGAGGAAGAGGAAGGUCAGCUGGUGACAAAGCACCAGUCAACAGAGCAAGCUGCAGAAGAAACGGGUGUCACUGAGCUUAAAGAGACGGAAGAAGAGGAGAAAGAGGAGGCAGAAGAAGAAGAAAAGGAAGAGGAAGAGCAACAAGAAAGGCAAGAGGAUAUUGUAGAAGAGAAAGCGAUAGAAAGACAUAUGAUAAACCAGGAAAACUCUGAUCACCAGUACUCCAGUGGAGAUUACAACCAUCAGGCCAAAGAAUCAACAGAGGAGCAGAGUCAGAGGGAGGAACAGGAGGAGGAGGAGGAAGAGGAGGAGGAGGAGGAGGAGGAAGAAGAGGAAGAGGAAGAAGAAGAGAGAGAGGAGAGGGAGGUCCACCAAGAGGUCGACACUCCUUACACUUUGAGUCCACGCGCUCAGGGAUCUGAGGCUGAGAUGUCACUCAGGGAAGAAAAGGUCAGCACUCCUAUGACCGAGGAAGAAGAGGAGGAGGACGAAGACGAGCGAGAGGAAGAAGAGGAUGAGAGGCAGGAGAAGGAAGAAAGCGAGUUGGUGGUGGAGGAGGAGGAGGAAGAGGAGGACCGAGACUCCAGCAAAGCCUCUCCGACCACAGUGGUUAUAGAGCUCCGCUCAGAGGAGGAUGAUGACGAGGACGAUGACGAUGAGGAGGAGGAGGAAGAAGAGGAGGAAGAAGAGGAGGAGGAAGAGGAGGAGGAGGAGGAAGAAGGAGAGGAACAGGAUCGUAUCUCAGAGGGCUCAGGAAUCACGGAUGACUCAGAGAACUGGGAUAUGACUCGUGGGAACCUGGGUCUGCUGGAGCAGGCCAUAGCCUUGAAGGCGGAGGAAGUGAAGGGGGGACACGAGGCCCGGAGCUCUCCGGACUACCAACCAUACAGCGCCUCCAGCAAGAGCUCUGAGCCCACUGCCGUAGCACGCCGCACCGCUCACUACAGCAAAGAGAAGAAGGAGGUGAAGUGUCCGACCCCGGGGUGUGACGGGACGGGUCAUGUGACCGGGCUGUACCCUCACCAUCGCAGUCUAUCUGGAUGUCCUCACAAAGACCGAAUCCCUCCAGAGAUCCUGGCCAUGCAUGAGAACGUCUUGAAGUGUCCGACUCCUGGCUGCACAGGCCAAGGCCAUGUCAACAGUAACCGCAACACACACCGCAGUCUGUCCGGCUGCCCCAUCGCAGCAGCAACUAAGCUGAACAAGACGCAGGACAAGCAGGUUCAUUUACAGCCUUCAUCCAGCGAACCCUCGUCCAACUCUGACAGAGUGCUCAGGCCCAUGUGUUUUGUGAAACAGCUGGAGAUCCCUCAGUAUGGCGCCAGCUUUCGGCCCAACACAGUGACCACUACGCCUCGAGCUAACCUGGCCAAGGAGCUGGAGAAAUACUCCAAGGUGUCUUUUGACUAUGCAAGCUUUGAUGUCCAGGUGUUUGGAAAGCGUAUGCUCAUUCCAAAGACUCCCGGCAGCACUGAAACACCACCCAAAGCCUUCAAAUCUAAAUCAUUCCCUAAGGCCUCCUCCCCCAGUCACAGCGUGUCAGGAGGCUUUUCUAAGAGCGCAUCGUCCUCCAGUAGUUACGACUACAGCCAAGAUGCAGAGGCGGCCCAUAUGGCAGCAACAGCCAUCCUCAACCUGUCCACCCGCUGCUGGGAGAGGCCAGAGACCAUCAGCACCAAACCCAGGGAACCCUGCAACAAGGAGUCGGACAUUGAAGUGGAUGAGAACGGCACCUUGGACCUUAGCAUGAAGAAGACCAAGAGGGAAGGCGUGCAGCCUCCAGAGCCUUCAUCUUCCUCGUCUUCAUCCUCUCAACACAUCGGAGCCACCAUGUCUCAGGGCCACACUCAGCCAGAGUGGGAGGGGCCGCUGGACUUCACCAAACCUAGUGGAGUCAAAGAGGAAGACCACGAAGAGGUGGAAUACGCGGCUCCUUCAUACACCUCAUCUGAUUGUGAGGAAGAGGACCAGGAGAACCUCGAGGAAAGGAAGUACCCCGGUGAGGUCACCACCAGCAGCUUCAAGGUCAAGUUUCAGCCCAAAGACAGCAAAAAAGAGGUUCUUAUAUGUCCCACCCCAGGCUGUGAUGGCAGUGGACAUAUCACUGGCAACUACGCGUCACAUCGAAGUCUGUCAGGCUGUCCUCUUGCUGAUAAAUCACUUCGGACCCUCAUGGCUGCCCACACAGCUGAACUAAAGUGUCCGACUCCAGGUUGUGAUGGAUCAGGCCACAUAACAGGAAACUACGCUUCACAUAGAAGUCUCUCCGGAUGCCCUCGAGCUAAGAAAGGCGGGGUCAAAUCAACCCCCACCAAGGAUGACAAGGAAGACUCUGAGCUCUUGAGGUGUCCGGUUCCUGGCUGUGACAGUCUGGGCCACAUCAGUGGGAAGUACGCCACCCACCGCAGUGCCUACGGCUGUCCGCUGGCAGCGCGCCGGCAGAAGGAAGGUCUUCUCAACGGCACUCCCUUCUCAUGGAAGGCCUUCAAGACCGAGGGCCCGACCUGCCCGACGCCGGGCUGCGACGGCUCCGGCCACGCUAACGGCAGCUUCCUGACACACCGCAGUCUGUCAGGUUGUCCCAGAGCGACGGCCAAUAAGAAGAGAACCAAAUUCCCCGGAGACGAGUAUAUCACCGCAAAGUUCAGAGCCAGCGACGUUCUGGACAACGAUGAGGACAUCAAGCAGCUCAACAAGGAGAUCAACGAUCUGAGCGAGUCCAACUCAGAGAUGGAGUCCGACAUGAUGAACCUGCACACUCAGAUCAAUUCAAUGGAGAAGAACCUGAAGACUAUGGAGGAGGAGAACAAACAUAUCGAAGAGAGGAAUGAGGCCUUGUUCGUGGAGCUAUCCGGUCUGAGUCAGGCCCUGAUACGCAGCCUGGCCAACAUCCGCCUGCCCGCCAUGCAGGAGCCGCUGUCAGAGCAGAACUUUGACAACUAUGUGGAAACCCUGACCCACAUGUUUACCAAUAAAGACUGCUACCAGAACCCCGAGAACCGGGCUCUGCUCGAGUCCAUCAACCAGGCGGUGAAGGGCAUCGAGGUGUGACGGACGGACGGGACAGACGGGACGGACGGGAGGAGGACAGGGGGGGCGGGGGGGCAUCACAAUGACGACACCAAUCUUUCUUUCCAAACCCUUUAGAUACUGUAUGUAAUUAAUUCUUCUCAUUUUGGAACUUUGUCCGUUUAUUUCUAUCUGUUCUUUGCAUUAGUUUGCUGUUUGCAUGUUGCUUUACGACAGUAUCAGCGUGAACAGAUUAGGGCGUGGAUGUCAAAGUGUGGUGGCGCACUGGAGUUAAACUGUUACUGUAAGCAAGGGUCGUCUCGAGGUAUACACAGACAGGCACAGAGAGAGCAGAACAAAGUCAGGAGUGCAGUAUACAGCCUGAGCCGAGCAGAUUCUCUUAGUUAGUGAACAUAUCCCAUCUCCACUCAAUAAUGUUGAUAGUAUUCUAUAUGAGCAUAGUGAUGUUGCACCUCCAGGACUAGUUUGUAGAUUCAUUCUUACUAUUGCUGUGUAACUAUUUAAGUCCUUUGCAAAUGUUGUUUUAAUAACUUAUUCAUUCAUGUCUGCUGUAUUAUUUUUUAUGUUGGCCUAUUUAUUAUUCAUUAUAUAUUUAUUAACUUUUUUGUUUUUAUUUAUUUCAAAAUGCUAUCUGAGAAGAUUUUAAAUGGUGACCAAGAGAAGGGAAUCAUUUCCUCUGCAUUGUUGAACAAAGAGGAAAUAUUUUAAGAGAUCAACUAUGAAUUGUUUUAUAUAUCUUAUUAUUUAUUUAAAAAUACUGGGAUCUUUUUAAGUGCAAAUAUUUUGUAACUGAAAGUUUUUUAAUCAUUUUCUAAAGAUUUUUUUUUUUUUUUGGUGCUUAUGUUUAUAUGAUUUUUCCUUUUUAUUUUCACAAACUAUUUUGAGUACAUUGCAAUACACUGGGAAUAUUGAGCUGCACAUAUUUGGUAUUUAUUUGGUGAUGAAGAACAAAGUGAUGGUGAAUAUUUAUUUUGUAUUGUCUGUGUGUUAUGAUGGCUGUGUAUGGAUUAGUCUUUAAGUUGCUCUUGAAAUAAAGGUUAACCCACAGUAAAUGUGGACUGGA